AUGCGAAGGCGACGAAUACGAAGACAGCUCGAGGCGCAUCCAGUGGGAGACUACAACUUAAGUCCCGGGGAACACGGAGGCUCGCAAUACAUUUUAUCGCCAGGGCACGAAUCAGAAGAAGAAGGAGAAGAAGAAGAAGAAGAAGAAGUGAAGAUUGUAAGCGAGGAGGGCAAGGACUUUUUAGCGGCGUUGAGGGAGGAAGAGGAUGAUGUCGACGCGAGAGCAAAGAAGACGACGACGACAACAACUCCUACUACUUCGACGGCGACGGUGGCAUUAGCCGCUACUAAGAAACAUAAGCGCAUGGCCGUGUUGAAUAAUCAACCGUCGUUGGAAGUCGAUAGCGAUGGGAAAUUUGUCAGCAACGUCGGGGGCAGCAAAUCGAGAGUUUUCUUUCCUAUUUUCUCCAAAGGGCAAAAAACUGUGCACCUGGUCCGACACGGUCAAAGCACGUAUAACGAAGCCAUUUCCGGUCCGGGCAGUUGGGAAGAACCGAAGAUUUUUGACGCGCGAUUAACAGAAUUAGGCGUAAAGCAAGCGAAAGAGUUGGGUAAAUUCUUGUCCGAGAUACCAAAAGAUGCAGUUUGGAUAACUUCGCCGUUAACUCGGGCCAUGGAGACGUGCGUGUACGGUAGAGAAGCGAUGUACGCGUUCGUAUCCUCUUCUGAGGAAGAGACAAAUUCACCAGAUGAAAACACCGCGCCGACGAAUGAUAACGAUAGCAAAGCGAACAAUAACAUCAAUAGCGACGAUAACAACACUAGCAAUAGGCGGUCGUUAUCAGCCUCCUCGAGGAAGAAGGCAAGCACGAAGAAGAAAGUAGCAACAAUGAAAGAUGAAGAAGAAGAGAAAGAAAACGAAAAGCGACGACACGAAGCGUGGGGACGCUCCGUCAUCGUGAGACCGGAAAUCACCGAGAAACUCUCCUGCUCCGGCGACAUCGGCCGCACCAAACUCGAGCUCAUCGAAGAUGUCCCCAUACUCGCCCAAUCCUUAUCCAAACUCCCGGAUAAAAGCUGGUGGUGGGACACGAACGAGAAACGAAACGACGCCGGUGAAAAAAUGUUCAACUCGAACGAACCCGCGCGCGUCUUUCAACGCCGAGUGAGUAAGUUCAAGCAGUGGAUUUUAAGCCAUCCAUCGACGACGUUCGUGGUGUUUGGUCACAGUACCUUCUUCAAGGAAAUGGUCGGGAGGAGUUUGAAGAACUGCGAAGUCGCCUCCAUACAGUUAUAA